CAGCCGCCGAGCUUGAGUUCGCGAGGAGCCGGGAAGACUGUGGGGGUGCGCGGUCCGCAUUGGCUUCCGAGGAGGAGGAGGCGGCAGGGGGAGAGCCUUCGAAGGGAACGGUCUUUAAAGUGCCCUCUGGAAGGCCGAAGGCGUGCAAGAGCAAGGGAAAAGUCGAGGGGUCGGUGGAGGAUAGUAGUCGGGGCCAGGAGGAAGGAAAUCGAUGUUUUUUGAAGCGAGGAGUAAAACAGUUCUGCCUGGUGCUUUGAAAACAGCUGACAACACGGGAUAAUGUGCUGACUGGCGCUAUGGGCAGGCGAUAUCCAGGGGCUCACUAUCGUCAAAGCAAUUCAUAUUGCAAAUAAUAAUCUAUUUCCUGAUCCAUUGCUGAAGCCAAGUGAUCCAUGUCAGAAGUACUGCCAGUUGACUCCGGUGUGGAAACGUUGGCAGGGUUUAUGGCAAGCAACAGCUCAACAGAUAUUGUCAAUCGGAACAGUCCUGCUACUCCACCCAACACACUUCAUCUGCGCUCGUCCCACAACGAGCUGCUGAAUGCUGAAAUCAGGCACACAGAGGUCAAGAACAGCACCCCUCCGAAGUGUCGGAAAAAAUAUGCACUGACAAACAUUCAGACAGCAAUGGGUCUUUCAGAUCCUGCUGCACAACCUCUCUUGGGGAACAAUUCCUCCAACAUCAAGCUGGUAAAGAAUGGAGAGAACCAGCUUAGGAAAGCAGCUGAGCAGGGGCACCAGGAUCCUAAUAAAAACCUGACUGCUCCUACCACUGCUUCAAGCAUAAACAUAACUUCUGAGAAGUUGGAGGGGAAAGAGCCAAACCAACAAGAUUCCUCAGCCAGUGAAAUCCUGCCCACUCAGCGCAGGAAAACCAAGAGCUUCCUAAAUUAUUAUGCAGAUCUGGAGACAUCAGCAAGGGAUGUUGAUCAGAAUUAUGGGAACAGCCAAAUGGCAGGGGAGGAGAAACUGUCCUCACAGCAAUGCAACAGCCAGGCAUCCAUGGUGAUUGUCAAUGGGGAUGCCCUGCAACCGAAGCAAAACAAGCCAACAACUCCGGAAGAUUGUGAGGUAGCGACUAUAUCAUCAAGCCCAGAAACAAAAAAGGAUCAUCCUAAAACUGGUGCAAAAACAGACUGUGCAUUGCAUAGGAUUCAGAACUUGGCUCCAAGUGAUGAAGACUCCAGUUGGACAACAUUGUCACAGGAAAGUGCUUCCCCAAGUUCCCCAGAUGAAACAGCAGAUAUAUGGAGUGAUCAUUCAUUUCAGACAGACCCUGACUUGCCUCCAGGCUGGAAGAAGAUCAGUGACAUUGCCGGGGUCUAUUACUGGCACAUACCAACAGGAACAACCCAGUGGGAACGUCCUGUGUCCAUACCAACAGAUCUUCAGGGCUCACGGAAAGGAUCACUUAGUUCUAUCACACCAUCUCCUACUCCAGAAACGGAGAAACAGCCAUGGAGUGAUUUUGCUGUACUGAAUGGGGGAAAGAUUAAUAGUGACAUUUGGAAGGACCUUCAUGCAGCCACAGUGAAUCCAGACCCCAGUUUAAAAGAGUUUGAAGGAGCUACAUUGCGAUAUGCUUCUUUGAAGCUCAGAAAUGCUCCACAGUGUGAUGAAGAUGAUUCCUGCAGCAUCAAUAGUGAUCCAGAAGCCAAGUGCUUUGCUGUCCGUUCUUUGGGAUGGGUAGAAAUGGCAGAGGAAGAUCUGGCUCCUGGAAAAAGCAGUGUUGCUGUAAAUAAUUGCAUUCGGCAGCUCUCUUACUGUAAAAACGAUAUACGAGACACUGUUGGCAUUUGGGGAGAGGGAAAAGACAUGUAUCUUAUCCUGGAGAAUGACAUGCUAAAUUUGGUAGACCCCAUGGAUCACAGUAUUCUUCAUUCUCAGCCCAUCGUAAGCAUCCGAGUCUGGGGAGUAGGGCGUGACAAUGGCCGAGAAAGGGACUUUGCCUACGUAGCCAGAGACAGAGAAACGAGGAUUUUGAAAUGCCACGUCUUUCGAUGUGACACACCAGCAAAAGCCAUUGCCACAAGCCUGCAUGAGAUCUGUUCUAAGAUUAUGGCUGAACGGAAGAAUGCUAAAGCUGUGGCUUGCAGCUCCCUUCAAGAGAGGGCUAAUGUCACCCUUGAUGUCCCCUUACAAGCAGUAGAUUUCCCAACACCAAAGACUGAGCUGGUCCAGAAGUUCCAUGUACAGUACUUGGGCAUGUUACCUGUACCUAAACCAGUGGGUAUGGACACACUGAACAGCGCUAUAGAAAAUCUCAUAGAUUCCUCUAGCAGAGAUGACUGGAAGUCCGUCACCAUGAACGUUGCAGAUGCCACAGUGACAGUCAUCAGUGAAGGAAAUGAAGAGGAGAUUGUGGUGGAAUGUCGUGUGCGGUUCUUGUCUUUUAUGGGUGUGGGUAAAGAUGUCCAUACAUUUGCCUUCAUUAUGGAUACGGGAAACCAGCAUUUUGAGUGUCAUGUUUUCUGGUGUGAGCCCAAUGCAGGCAAUGUAUCAGAAGCCGUUCAAGCUGCUUGUAUGCUGCGGUAUCAGAAGUGCUUGGUAGCCAGACCUCCUUCACAAAAAGUCCGGCCACCACCUCCUCCUGCAGACUCAGUGACCAGAAGAGUCACAAGUAAUGUAAAACGAGGAGUACUGUCCCUCAUUGACACUUUGAAACAGAAACGCCCUGUUACUGAUACACCGUAGCAGCUCUGCAGGAAAACAGGAUCUUCUAGAACCUAGAUGAACAUCUCCCAGAAGAUACAGUAGCCCCAUGAAAGAAGAUGAACUGAAUCUUGGCCUUCCAGUUUAAAUUGGUGAUGCUUUGUCUUCAGAUAAUUUACCCUUAUGAAAAUAAUAUUAGACAAGCAUGUUCUCUUGUUCUUGCCACCAUCAUGUGAUAUGAAAAGAAGCAUGAGUAUUUUUUAUUUUUUUUUAUUUUUUGCUGUGAGUUACACAUGAGAAGUGGAAGGUCUGUUUUCCGCCUGUAAAUAUUAUGAGCAUUACUUAAAUCCGCACAUACACGAGAAAGGAUAAUGGCACAUCACUCCUAAUCCAUGGAAAGAACCAUGUCUAGAUUGCUACUCAUCGUCACCAUCCCGAGCUGGAAUUGUCACAAACAGUCCUUAAAUCUUACAGCACUUUGUUGUAACUUGACACUUAAAUUCAUACAUUAAUAUUACUGUAAUAUGAAUACUGAGAUUUUAAAACAUUUUUUUACAAAUAGUAUUCAUUAAUCACACUUCCAUCUUGUACACCAAUGGUUCCGAACUUUGGGUCCCCAGAUGUUCUUUGAGUACAAGUCCCAGAAAUCCUGGCCAGCACACCUAGUGGUGAAGGCUUCCGGGAGUUUUAGUCCAGAAAUACCUGCAGACCUAAGGAUGGGAACCACUAUUGUACACCAUAAUCAUUCUUAAAAUUUUGUCUGCAGGUUAAAUACACUUCAGCAUGACAAGCUGCCCAAACAGGUAGCACCUCUAUUUAUAUUUUUUUUAGUAUGCCCCUUACCAUCCCUUCCUGAUGGGUGCAUGUGUGUGUCUGUAUGUUUGUGUAUACAUACAUAGAAAGCAAACUUAGGGUUUCAACAUUGUCACAUGGUAUCUACAUGUGUGGGGAUGUAGGUUUUUUGGGAGGUGCUCUUUUUUUCUUCCGUGGAACUGCUGUCUAUGUAGGAAGCCUUCAGUCUUGAAAUUGUCUGAGUUUGGACUCAAAACCAUAUUUAAGAAUUCUGAGACAAAAAAGCUGAUAGAACAUAUUAGUUUUUCAUUCUGAAGCAGAUGAUCUUCAGUGCUGCUGCCUCUAAGGCUCAAGAGCCUCUUCCAUUUUAAAAAAUACUAGGUUUUGCAUCAGUUUAUUUUCUUCCUGGUAGAAACAAAGUUAGAUUGGAAUGUCAUCUGUUGUCUUUCUUACUAAUACAAUUGUCAGACUGUCCACAAAUUUUUCCUUGAGUUUUAAUGUUCAAAUUGUGGCCUCAUAUUUCAUCUCUUCUCAGCAGGGCUGAGAGGUGAGCUAGUGGUUUAAUGUUACACCUAAAUGAUGGGGGGGGGCGGGACAGCAUUCCCUUCUAAUAUUAAGCCUUUUGAGAAGAUGUAUUUUCUUACGUCUUUAAAUUAAGAAAGUAGACAUUCUCUUAUAGACUUCACAUGUAAUGUAAACCGAUUACAAUGCUGAGAGUCAUAACAUUCCAAGGAAAACUUGUCAGGUUGUAGCUCCCAGUGUCAAACAGUAUUGAUGGCUCCUCGUAACAGCACCUUACACUGUGUGUUGUGGUAAGUUAUUGUAGCAGGAGAUUCUUUGACAUUUUUCUUGUGUACUGAUGUAUUCAUGUGUACCAUAUGCAGCACAACUUCACCUGCACAACUGUCAAAGGAAAAAACACUGAAACCACAUUUAUGCUGUGGUCAGUCAGUCAAGUGCUGGAGCAAUAGCAGAAAUGAGGUUGGUUCAGGCAUACAGUAGUCCUAGCCUUUAUCAUGCCAAACAUAGAGGGCAAAGAAGCCAAUUAAGGGUUUGUCUCCCUUCCCCAUAACAGACAUUCUUUUAAGAACUGAAGUACAGUGGACCCUCUACUUACGGAAUUAAUCCGUAUUGGAACGGUGGCUGCAAGUUGAAAAGUCUAUAGGU